GCCACAGAGCCAGGAGUCCUGGAGACUGGGGAGAGUGGUCAGUGGAGACUUGGGAGAGUGGUCAAUGGAGACUGUGAGGAGAGUGGUCAGUGGAGACUGGGGAGAGUGGUCAGUGGAGACUGGGGAGAGUGGUCAGUGGAGACUGGGGAGAGUGGUCAGUGGAGACUGGGGAGAGUGGUCAGUGGAGACUGGGGAGAGUGGUCAGUGGAGACAGGAGAUUGGAGACUGGAGUAA